UGUGGGUGAGUAUGAUAGAAUGUAUGAUAGAAAUAAUAAAUAUUAUAUUCUUCGAAAGUUUUGUUAGAUACGGCAAGUCCUACCCAGAUAGGUAUAGGUCACUGCAAUGGCUUUGAGACGGCUGGCUGGCAAUCUGGUGUCCGCGGUGCGACCGCUCAGCCUUCAACUGGCCAGGAACUACCGUGCGGCAGUGCUUACAGAGUUUGGCCGCCCACUGCAAGUUCAAGACCUCGAACCAAAGGCACUAGCUCCGGAUGAGGUUCGUGUGGCUGUGUACAACUGUGGCGUCAACGCCUCGGACAUUCUAACAUGCCAGGGUGUGUACGAGAACCUGCCGAACCUGCCCUUCGUGCCUGGCUUCGAGUUCUCCGGGGAGGUUCUGGAGGUGGGCUCGGAGGUGACGGCAGUGCAGAAAGGCGGACGGGUGAUCGGACUGCAGAGCUCGGGCAGCGGCGGGUUCGCCGAACAGAUCGUCACCACCGCCGCGGACCUGUUUCCGGUGGACAACUCGCUGGAGUUUGAGGCCGGCGCCGCUCUGGCAGACACCUACGCCACAGCCCUGUUGGGUCUGCAGCGGCGCGCUGCCCUGCAGAAGGGGGACACGGUGAUGGUAACGGCGGCCGCCGGCGGACUGGGGCUCGCCGCCGUCGACCUGGCCGCCAACGUCUUCAAAUGUCAGGUGAUCGCCGUGUGCGGUACCGAAGACAAGGCGUCGCUGGUGCGCGAGAAGGGGGCCUUCGCCGCGCUGGGCUUCCACAGAGAACACCUGAAGAAGAAAGUGCGGGACGUGACCGGUCUGAAGGGUAUCAAGGUCAUAUUCGAUGCCGUCGGCGGCGAGGUCUUUGAGGAGGCUAUCAAAUGCGUGGCGCACGAGGGAAAGGUAAUCGUGGCCGGGUUCGCGUCCCGCACGGUACCGCACGUGGCGACGAGCUCCCUGCUGCCGCGCUCCUUCUCACUGAUCGGCCUAUCGCUCAGACAUUACCGCGAGGCCGACAAUGCUGUCUUCAGACAAGCGGUCCUCGACUCAAUCGAACUGUAUGAGUCAGGCCUCAUCGCCCCGCACAUUUCGGCCCAGUACCCGCUAGAGCAAGUCAACGAAGCUCUAAGUUUCAUCUCAGAACGCAAGUCCACCGGCAAAGUGUUGUUAGACAUCCGGUGACCUGACCCUGGGUCGUCCGGUGACCUGACAUUUGGUCAGCGGGACAUUUGGCGUUGUAUUGGCAAGUGAAGCGAUAUUGAGUCAAAAUGUGGUCUGAAAAUGGAGAGUUGCGAUGAGACGGACAGUGCUGCAUUGCGCUUUGUCUGGGCGGUAUGAUGUGACGCUCAGUGGCUUUCAUCUGACUGAGUGCCCCGCAGUUUUCCACCGAUUCUUGUGUAGCGUCACAUGCCCUUACCUACGUUCAGCAUGGCGCCACACACGGGUAGGGCGUUUAUUCUGGUUUGUCUGCGCGACUUGGCCAGCCGCUGGAAUGGAUGUUGCCUUGCUUCUUUAUGCGAGUUGUGCAGGCCGCGUGGUGCCUGGCAUGGCGAUAGUAGUAUCGCGCUACAUGCAUCCUCGUGUAGCUGUUUGGUAUUGAUGAGACUGAUCGUAUGGAUUUCAUGAGCUGUGUGUGAAGGAUGCCAGUCGACUUCAGACAGGAAGGGAUGUGUCACGCUGUAGUAGCGUCAUGCUGUCUCUGCGAUGAAUGCCGUGCUGUGAAAUGUUUUGGUAGAGAAUGUUUACCGUGUGCGCUCCAACUAAUUGGUUAACGCAUAUACAGGGUAAAUAAACACGUGUAUCAUAGUCCAGAA